GUCGACUCCUAACUCCUCCAGCAGCGGGGUUACUAACAAUCCACUACAAUGGCAAUGAGAUACUCAAUGGCGGAAAAAGGAAAACAACAGAUGAGUGCGGGACAAAACAACAAAGUUAAGAGAAUCAAGGCCCCCAGCAUUGAUACCUCAGCGCUAAUCAAAGACAAUGCCCUCACUCUGAUCGGACGGCUUACCAACCCGCAUGAACAGAAGAUGUGGGCCCUCAUCCCAGCCCUCCCGCGUAAAUGGAACCUGCAAGGUAGAGCAGUAGGCUCAGAUCUGGGAAACAAUCGCUUCCAGUUCAGGUUUGAAAGAGAAGAAGACAUAAGACGAGUCCUAAACAACAGACCCUACCACUUUGCUUACUGGAUGGUCAUACUCCAGAGGUGGGAACCGGUGAUAUCCAACUCCUUUCCAUCCAUGAUCCCUUUCUGGAUCAGAAUCAAAGGUCUCCCGCUCCACUAUUGGCAAGAUGACAUGGUCUGCAGGGUAGGCCAGGAAUUGGGAACCCUUGAGAACCAUGAACUGACAAAGACAACAGCCAGGGUGCAAGUGUCAGUUGAUGGACUGAAACCCCUGGUCAAGGAGCUGAUUAUCGAGUUCGAUUCAGGGGAAGAGACAUAUGUCACACUGGAGUAUGAGAGACUAGAGUACCACUGUUCACACUGCUUCUCGCUCUUGCACUCCAGAAGAAACUGCCCACAGAAACGUGAUGAAGAAAUCACCUGGAACCAAAUAUCCAAACAAGCAUCAGAGGAGAACCGCUAUGAGACAACAAUUUCUAGCGCUCAUCAAUUGGAGAAGAGAGAACAGGAAAAGAGCAAUGAGAAAGGAGAAACUGACCACUUUGUCUUCAAGGCAAGGGUUGAUAGACAUGGGAGGCCCUUUGGGGAUAGAGUAAGCACACGCCAGACGGGUGCUCCCCCACCAGCACCCACUACGAACACAAUGAAUCCAUCUAAGUCCAGCUGGGGCCAGAAGCCACUAGAUGAGGAGCCUGAACAGCAUUCUUCUCCCCAGUAUACUCACAGUAGACAGAUAAACUACAGAGAGGCAAGAAGAGGACGAGACCUUUUCUCUCAAAGGAGCCAAGGCCAAUGGAGGGCCAAGCAGCCCAUGGAACAGGGGGAGAAACCCACUCUCGAGGCCGAACAACAACAGCAAGUACCCCACAACACCAGAGCACCUGUCACAUUACAGACAAACGUAAAUGCGACGCAAAUUCCAUCAAUGGAGGAUGUAAUGGAGGACUUACACGAGGCGACUAGACUGUACUUAAGUUGUCCUGAUCCAGCAGAAGCAGUGGCUAGAAGGCAAAGAGUACUCCAGGGAGAUGCUUUGGGUCAAACAGAAGAAUGGGCAGCAGCUAUCAUUGAGGCGGAGACUCGCAAACAUGCCAUGAUCCCACACUUCUUGAGGGAUGAAAGUAACCCAAACACCCCUCCACCUAACCAGAACUUUCAUCUGAAUGAGGGUUUCUCCCGAGACCCCUCAACACCCCACAGCCCUCUGAUCAGGGGAGGACACAAUGGAGAAGGAGAAAAUACGGGAAUGAAUCCUCAUCACAGUGAAGUGGAAAUAACGCCAAGCAGGUCAACUGAAGGGCCUACAAAGCUGAAGUCGAUUGUUGUCAGUCCCUCUUUAGAGCCAGAGCAAGAAACCCGAGAUCAACAAGAGCCUGUGGAACAAUCACAAGAGGAGGAAACUCUUAAAGAAUUCCAAAACAAAGUUAGAAGAAGGGUACGAAGACCAGCUAAAGCAAGAAUGGCAGGAAGUAGCCCCAAUAUAUUGAGGGGAACUAGCUCAAGGAAACGAAAUAUCUCACAGAUCCAAAACUCACCAGCUAGAGGAGCAGGCCCUUCCAAGAAAGCCAACUCAGCAACUCAUAAGAAGGCAAACAAGGACAAAUCGGCUGGUAUAGGACCGUCAAACUUGGCGAAGAGUAGGAACACGAACCCACCUAUCAAUCUCAUCCCUGCAAGGACCAAGGGAAGCUCGGAUUUUCGGGCCUCUCGACACCCGGCUCCUUAGUCGUAGCUAGCUGGAAUUGUAAUGGGUUGGGGAAUCCCAUUACAAUCCAGCGCCUGAAGGAGAUACACAGACGUAACUCUCCUGACAUCUUCUUCCUCAUGGAAACUAAAAAACCCCACUGAUGUAGUUUUGGAGAAACUACAAUGGCUUCACCCAGACCAGUACUAUGUAGUGGCGCCCGAAUCACCAGGAAGUGGAGGUCUCUUCCUCACCUGGAAACCUGACAUAAACUUAACUGUGUUAAAGGCGUCGAAAAACUACUUAGACACUACAAUUGUUCAUAAAGGCAUCAGCUUUCAUGCUACAUUCGUAUAUGGGGAACCGGAUCAUACCAAACGAUGUGCAGUUUGGGAUGAACUAUCUACCCUACAGACCAAUCAGGGGGAACCAUGGUUCUUAACAGGCGACUUCAAUGAGAUUGUUGAUAAUAGCGAGAAGUGUGGAGGACCAGACAGAGCGGAGGGUACUUUUUGUGCCUUUAGAUCUUUCUUAUCUCACAAUGAUCUAUUCGACCUAAAACAUUCAGGCAGUUUCCUGUCAUGGAGGGGUCAGAGAUAUACACACCUGGUCCAAUGCAGACUUGAUAGAUCGAUCAGCAACAGUGAGUGGAUUGAACUCUUCCCCAGCUGCAGAAGCAACUAUCUGAAAUAUGAGGGUUCAGAUCAUCGACCACUCAUAUCCUACCUGGAUGCUACAAGGAGAAAAGGCAACAAACUGUUUAGGUACGACAGAAGACUCAAGGAAAAUGCUGACGUGAAACAACUAAUCAAUGAUGUGUGGCUGGGAGCACAUAACCUCCAAGUUGAGGAAAGACUUAAUUUAUGCAGAAGGGCAAUCUGCAGAUGGAGUAGAAACCACCAGGCGAAUAGUAGGAAGGCUCUCGAUCUGCUCAAACUGCAACUAGAGGAAGCAAUGUCGAACCCAAUAGCGGACGAGAUGUGGAUCCAUGACAUUAACAAAAAGCUUCUCCUAGCUUAUAAAUCUGAAGAAGAGUUCUGGAAACAGAGAAGUAGACAGCUGUGGUUAAUGCUUGGAGACUCAAAUUCUGGUUAUUUUCAUGCUGUUACUAAAGGGAGAAAAGCUAGAAAUAGAUUGACAGUUAUUGAAGAUGAAAAUGGCAUACCUGUCUAUGAAGAAAAGCAAAUAUCGGAGGUUAUUUGUAAGUUCUACUCCACCCUCUUCACAGCUAGCAAUAUGGAAGAGGAGAAUACAGUGGAUGAAGCUCUUCAACCCUGUGUCACACAAGAACAGAAUGAGAAACUCAUUGGCAUCCCUUCCUUCAGCGAAAUUAAAAAGGCUACCUUUGCUAUUCAUCCUGACAAGGCCCCGGGACCAGAUGGGUUCUCAGCUAGUUUUUUCCAGUCAAACUGGGAAACAGUAGGGGAUGCUGUGACAAGAGAAAUUCAACUGUUCUUCAUCACAGGGUACCUGCCAUCAUCGAUGAACAAAACUUUUGUCAGAUUGAUACCAAAGAUCCAAACAGCAUCCAAGGUGGAAGAGUAUCGCCCUAUAGCACUAUGCAACGUCUUUUUCAAGAUCAUCUCUAAUUUGCUUUCACUACGACUUAAACCAAUGCUAAGCUCGAUUAUUUCUGAACAUCAAUCAGCGUUUAUUCCGGCAAGGGCAAUCUCAGACAAUGUACUUAUCACCCACGAGGUUCUACAUUUCCUAAAGGCAUCGAAGGCUGAGAAGAGAUGUACUAUGACUGUAAAAACCGACAUGUCUAAAGCUUAUGACAGAAUAGAGUGGCACUUCAUAGCUAAGGUCCUAAAGCGACUCGGGUUUCAUGAUAUAUGGACAAACUGGAUUAUGCAAUGCGUUACUACGGUGACCUAUUCAUAUCUAGUAAAUGACACAAGCUAUGGAGAAGUGCGACCUUUUAGAGGAAUUCGACAGGGUGAAUUAAUGUCUCCUUACCUGUUCAUCCUGUGUGGGGAGGUCCUGUCAGGUCUCUGUAAAAAUGCAGCGAAGAAUGAGUAGCUAGAGGAUGCCCAAGAAUCAAUCAUCUGCUUUUUGCAGAUGAUAACAUGUUCUUCUGUCAUUCCUCGGUCAAGAAUUGCAACACUCUGGUGGAGAUCCUCUCUAAGUACGGGAAGGCGUCUGGACAACAGAUCAACAAGAGCAAAUCAUCGAUCACCUUCUCAUCCAAAACACCUUCCACAGUCAAAGAAGAAGCACAAUCAAUUCUCGGAAUAAGGAAGGAAGGUGGGGUGGGAAAAUAUUUGGGCUUACCUGAACACUUCGGGAGAAGGAAAAAAGACCUCUUUACAUCACUGGUGGAUAGGAUUCGUCAGACAGCUUUGAGUCUCUCCACUAGAUUCUUGUCCAAAGCAGGUAAACUCACAAUGCUGAAGUCUGUCCUCACAGCAACACCGACAUAUACCAUGUCCUGCUUCCUGCUCCCUGUAAGUUUGUGCAAAAGGAUACAAUCAGUUUUGACGAGAUUCUGGUGGGAUGGACCGCAAGGAAAAAAGAAGAUGUGCUGGGUAGCUUGGGAUAAGCUUACUCAACCAAAGAGCAGUGGAGGCUUAGGUUUCAGAGACAUACAAUUAUUCAAUCAAGCUCUACUUGCCAAGAUAGCUUGGAGAAUAAUGACUACCCCUAACUGUUUACUUGCACGAAUCCUAGUGGGGAAGUACUGCCAUAAACAAAGCUUCCUAAAAGUCUCAGCAUCUAGCUCUUGCUCUCAUGGCUGGAGGAGAAUCAUUGCGGGAAGAGACCUACUACUAGGCAAUUUGGAAAAGGCCAUAGGGAAUGGGAACACUACAAAUGUAUGGAGAGACUCGUGGAUUUCUCUCGACACUCAGAUAAAACCCUAUGGACCGGUUCCAGAAGAAGUACAAGAUAUAACGGUGGCUGACCUAUUAACCUCGGAUCUCGAAUGGAAUACAAAGCGAAUCGAAGAAGUGUUACCUGGUCUGGCCACACAAAUCCAAUGCCUUCAACCAAGUAAGCGAGGAGUGGAAGACACAGUCGUCUGGCUCCCCUACCCUCCGGAGUCUACUCGACGAGAUCAGGCUAUAACUCUGUAGCAGCGAGACCCUUGGGUCAAUCACCACAAACAAAUGCAGGAGAAUUUGACUGGGGAAAAGAUGUCUGGAAGAGCAUUUCCUCCCCUAAGAUGAAGAUGUUCUUGUGGUCCAUUAUACAAAAUGCGCUUCCCAUCGGUGAGAACCUUCAGAAACGAGGGAUGGGAUCAGAGGUAAAUUGCGUCAGAUGUAAAGAAAGAGAAACAAAAGCUCAUAUCUUUUUCACUUGCCCAUACGCCAAAAAGGUGUGGAGCUGCAUACCUCUAGCUAGAGCGGUUCACAUAGCCGCUGACGAAAGCUUCACGACCGUGAUCACAAAGUUCCGUGAAGCGAUCUGUCUUCCCCCGUCAGGUAUCACUGGUAACGUCCUCCCCUGGAUCUGUUGGGCGAUUUGGACAUCAAGGAAUGCUCUGGUUUUUGAGAAUAGAACCUUCACCCCUGAAGAAACAGCAACAAAGGGUCUAGCAUCAGCAAAGGAAUGGAACUUGGCUCAACAAAAACCCACAGCACUUACCUCACAUCAACAGCCUGAGACAGAGACGACAUCAGCCCCGACGAGCCACCAACUUCGAACGACGGUUACAUGUAACACAGAUGCGGCGUGGGAUAAAGACAGGAAGAAAGCUGGAUUAGCAUGGACUCUCUCUGGGUCCUCCCUUCCAAUCACGAUGAAAGGCACCCUUGUGAAGGAUUUCAUCGGAUCACCUCUUGUGGCGGAAGCCCUGGCGGUGAGAGAAGCUCUAUCAAAGGCAGUAGAACUCGAGAUCUCCGAUCUUAAAGUCUACACCGACUGCACAACGCUCCUUGGAGCAAUCAACGGUUUAUCGCAGAGAAAAGAGAUUAUUGGUAUCGUUUCCGACAUCAGAUCAAUCUCAACUGCUUUCGCCUCUAUCUCUUUUUUUCAUGUUCCAAGAUCGAAAAACAUUAUCUGCGAUCAGUUAGCUAAAGCGUCUCUCCAUUUGUCUGUAAUGAAUAUGGGCCAGGCCCAUUAAACCUUUUUCAGCAUUACUUAAUAUAAUUUCAGUGACAAAAAAAAAAAAAAAAAAGAACAACAUGAGAAGAAUAGAAAACCUUAACUGUCUUCAAGAACCUGCAAUUUCUUUCCAUCUUUUUCGAAUUGACUCACUGCCCUAAGUGAGACAUCUCCAUGGAUCUCCUCCGCAGCUUCCAUUCAUUUGCUCAGCCCUCUUCCCCUUGAAUAAGUUACCCAGUUUCAUGGGGGUGGGGCUCUCUUCUCUUUCAUCGUGUCUUCGUCUUCCGGUGCGUUUCCGUCCUCCUCCUGAUCCACCGACGUGUUGGUCUCCUCUUGUGCCGCUUGAAGCUCUCACCGCUUGAACUGCCGGAACCACCAGAUUCUCCCAACGCACUCACCAAUCUCAUGUUUUGUGUACUUUCCGACACACCCUUUAACCUGUUUCAUAAACAACUUUCUCAAAAUUCCAUAUUGGGAAUUCCCUUUUCCGACUCCGGCGUCUUUGACCAGGGGUGGUGUUGUUCCCUUUGUGACCUGUGACCACUGAUGGCCCAAGCUUUUUCUUUAAGGAUUUGUAUUCUGUAGUAUCCUGAUAUUUGACAUACGAUCUUGUAUUAAUUUUCUUAUUAUUUUGUUUCGAACAUGUAUAGUUAGAUAUUUAAAAACUGAUUUGUAAUUUUACCCCAUUUCUCUUAGCACUUUUGCAAAUACUUUUUAAAUUUUGCAUGGAUACCUAAUUAUUUUGUAUAUACACCCCAAAUGACUCAAUAAUAUAUAAUUUUCUCAAAAAAUCAACAAUUUUGAUUAGAAUUGCCGGUGCCACUAAUCUAAACCCCAAAAAAAUAAACUUUAGCCAAUACAAAUUUGACCAGCAAAUGAUUAAAAACUAACAUUAAAAUCGUACAAAACUUCUCUUCCUCGAAAUAAUUUUUUUGUCGUGUUAUUCAUCAUAGCAAAUCAGCAAGAAUAUAUAACCAGAAUAAAAUUAUUUAGAGCUGAAGUUUUCACAUUUUUUAUCAUAAAUAAAAGAGAAAUUGCACCGUACACACAAGACAUAUACGCUAAUUAGGUAAAUGCACUAUUUACAUUAUCGAGGAUGUCAGGAGGUGUUAGUUUUACAUUUCUAACCUUGCUCACUUCAUACUCACAUCAACCGGUUACCUACUGUUCUUGUAAUAUAAUUUACUUCUUUAAUUAUUUAUUUUUUAUUACCCAAUCCAACACGUUACCUUUUUUGUGUCAGGCACGUAGAUUUUUUCGGUUAUCGAAACUCGGUUAUUGGCUUCGUAGUUGUGCAUAUCAAAAGUCUCUCACUUCAUCCCCUUUUAUAUUAAGUUCUGUUGAUCCAUUGUUCUACUUCAAUUCAACCAUUUUAAAUUAGAUCCCAAUUUUAUACUUCAAUUCAAAAAUAAAUUCAGAUGGAUGGAAGCAAUGAACCUCCCUCUCCGCCCCCGUUUCCUCCUAGAAUGUUUGCGCUAGGCGAUGAACCUGUCGGCGUUACUCCUUACCACAAACCUACAUGCAUUCGGAAAAUUCUCAACGCCCUCGAACCAGAUGAAGCUCAGACUAUCAGGGAGACCCAGUUCGGAAAGCUUGUCGAAAUUGCAGACAAACCCUCGUUUUCUGGCCGGUUUGGUCGGUUCCUGUUAUCCCCACAAUUGAAGGUGGCGAAGAAGCACGAAUUUCGGUUUCUAUUUGCUGGCAAACCGGUUAGAUUCUCACAAUUGAAGGUGACGGACCGACAAUACAGGUGGAGAAGACAUGAUUCCAGUUACCGACAAUCGUGAGGCUGAAGAAAUCCGUGAGGGUGAUGGGACCGAUAAUACAGGUGGAGAAGACAUGGAAAGACAUCCUCGUUAGUUUCAGAAUCGUCCAAAUUUAUAUUUGGAUUUUGAAAUACUAAUAUUAGCAACAAUACACUCCACACUACCUACAUUGCUACGACUGUACUUAGCUUCUAUUCAGAAAGAUUGCAGACACCAUGUUUUGUUUGGACAGUCAAUGAUGUUUGUGUCCCUUUUUGUACUGAUUUAUCUAUAUAUAAUAACGAAUCCUUGUUCUCCCUUAUCAACUUCCUUUUUGUAGCGAUGACACUCCAUAGCUAACUUUAAAUAUACUCAUCCAGUAUUAUUCUUAGCCGGCUACAAACGAUUCAAAGAUGUUAACUUAAAUAAUUGGCCACAAUGACAAUGGAGCAAACUAAUAUUUUAGUUAACUAGACAGCUUCUGUAACUAGUAUUAAUAAAAUAUCACGAAACAAGAUUCUGUAACUACAAAGUCUACAAUCAAUACACAGAAACGGAGGAGUGGUAUUGGUUUUGUUAACUAGACAGCUUUUUAUGGUGAGAGUUUGCUUGUUGGCUUCCUUUUAUAGACAAACCCCGUUAGCAGUUGAGAGUUGACGCUACACCUGCAUAAAAAAGUGUUACACGGUCACUAAACGGUAUAGCUUACAAUACUUUAUUUAACGCGCUAACAUAUCUAACAAAUCUUCGACACCAAUAUUUGCUAACUAAUUUAAUAUUUUAACACAGGACCAGUGCAAAGUUUCCUUUAGUUUGUUAAUAACUUUUUUAGCAUAUGCAAUAAUCUUCCGAUAUACAUGCUAAAAAUUCUAGAAUAUCUAUUUAACAUUCUUUUUAGCGGUUAUUACUUUUUAAAGCUGGUUACCUUAGAUUUUUGUUUGCUAACCUAAACCCAAAAACAUGCUAACUUUUUGCUAAAUUUGCUUGAUUUACCCAAAGGUAAGCCGUUGCCGGACGGUCUAAUCGGUAUUCCACCGAAAACAUACCGGAGACAGGAAAACGCGACAGAGAGAAUUUGGCUUCCACAAUAGCUUGAUUCAGCACAGACGAAAUCAAAAACAACGCUUCAGAACAUCAAACCCAGAACCAAUCGAAUCAAACAAAUAAAAGCAAACGAAAGUCUCAAAUCCUUGCAUGCAAAUCAAAAGCUUGAAGAUGAUUGAACCCUAACAGAGAGGGCAGGAUGAAACAAAUCGAUCUAAGAUUUUGAUCCGAUUGAAACCU